AUGUCAGUCAUUUUAGCAAAAACUUCAAAAAAGGCACCUUUAUUAAUACACAAUGGCUAUUCAUAUACGAUUGAUAGAAAAACUAUAACAAAAAUUCUUUGGAAAUGUGAAUACUCCAGAAAAUAUGCUUGCCAUGAACGUUUACAUACAGAGUUAAAUUAUGAAUUUAUCAAAACAGUUGACGAACAUGAAAAUCACGUCGGCAAUUCGCGAUGCGCAGCAGCUCGCAAAUAUUAUGAAAAAUUAAGACAAGAAUCAGAACAAAAUAAAACAAAGUUUCAUCAUAUUUACAACGAAUUAAAAAUCAUAUGCAUCGAACAAACAAAAUCGUAG